GAACAUUAAAUUUCCAAACUUAUCUAUUGUAUUUAAUUAAAUUUAGUGAACGAUUAGCAGUAUGAUUUGAGCUCAAGACGUACUCUGCAUAAAAACACCAAUUAGUUUCCCUAAAAAUUUUCAUUUCAGUUGUUAGUAAUUAAUCAUAAAAUUUUCAUAGAAAAUAUUUUAAUUAGGUGGUGUUCAGACUGGUGAAGUGGAAUUAUUAAUUUGAUUGGAAGUAGAUUUUUUUGUACGUGCACAAAUUUGCAAAACUUUGACACUACUUCAGAAAUCUAGUCAUAAAAACUACUAACUAAAGUACUAUCCACAAUUUCAUAAAUCAAGACGGUCAAUUUUACGACCAAAAUAUUGACACUAGACAAUAAUAGUGUAAAAUGCCGAGAGGUUACGGUUCAGUUACAAUCUUAUCUUUCCCGUACUGUCAAUGUUUAUACAUUUUUUUUAAAUAAUAACAUUUGAAAAAUGAAAUUAGAACCGAUGUAAAUUCGAUUCUAAGUCGCCAAAUAUAAAGAAAAUAUGGAACUUGAUCCAAACUUGGUGGUUGUCAGUUUGGACCAAUGUGAUCCAGAAGCGGAACUUUGUAAGAACAGCUGCCUCUAUACGAUACCAUCCGCACCCUGUGGCCCAGAUGUACACCAGCUAGCUACCAGUGUGCAGUGUUUCAGCGGGCUCGAACAGACCCUGUCUCAUAUUCAAUCACUACAGAUACCUCAAGUGCAGCCUACUUUUGAUGAUGGGAUCCUUACCGGGAGUGCGCCUCUGUAUCAGAAUUCAACUUUUCAGUCUUUUUCUUCUUCGUUCGUACCGCCCAUACCUGCAGAUUCAUCGCCAUUUUUUCUUCUUACAUCGGCUGAAAUUGAACAAGACUUGGCUCCACAAGCGACUGAGGACGAUGAAAGAAAACACCCCACAGACGAAUAUGAAUAUUACAAAGAAAUAGAAGAUUAUCUGUUUAAAAAUGUUCUCCCUGAAGGAUAUUCGGAUAUUUAUUACAGGAACUUGAAAAAGAGAUCUCAACAUUAUUUGAUGCACAAUGGUGAGUUGCAUCAUAAUCCUAAGAAUCCCAAGAGAGUAAUUAUGAUGAAGGAGAAACAGGAUGAAAUCCUCAAAAAUACACACAUCGUUCCAAGCAACGGGAUCCACUUGGGAAUCAAGAAGAUGGUGAAUUUUUUAGAAGAGAAAUACUUUUGGAGAGGGCUCUACACUUCGGUUUCUCAGUAUGUCAAAAAUUGUGUUCAGUGCCGGGAAAAAAAUGACUUUUUUUCAAAUUUGGCUAUACAAAAUGAGUCUUCAUCAGAGAAUAACAAAAACCGUGUAAAAAUUAACACCACUGGUAUUCAAACCGUGUCUAAUGUGUGGGCUAAAGUGGAAAUUGCAAUUAAUGGACCAUUCAAAAUUACAAAUUUGAGGAAUGAGUACAUAAUGAGCAUUGUUGAUCCAGAGACGUGCUUUAUUCUGGCGAUGCCCAUUACAAACAACGGACAUUCGACUAAGCUCACUCAGUUUAUGCUCCAGACAUUUUAUACAUUCGGCUUUCCGAAAACGGCCGAAGUCGUGGCAUCGGAUCUCCUUUUUGAGGCCGUUUCCACCGAGUUUGUUUGGAGGCUUAGCAAUUUCAGCGAUGCCAAAAAAUAUCUAAAGAAAAGGGAGAAAGCACAAAAUGUAUGGGUCGGUGAGCUUUUUGAAUUAUUGAAGAAGAGGCAUGCGAUGAAUUGGGACCGAGAGCUCGGCCAAUUCCUCUACCAGUUCAGGAUGGGCGGAAUUAACCAAUUUGCAAACUCUGCCUUCUGCCCAUUUUAUGCAAUGUACCACAGGAUUCCUGAAUUAUUUUUGAAUGAAGAAAACAAAGAAAAUCAAUUUGAAGGGCCAAAAAAUAAUAGUUUUUUCAAAAGUCAAAUUGAAAGCAAUCAACAGCAGUUAAAUGACUUUGGUGAAACAUUACCUUCUUUAGUAUUAGAAGAACCCCAAUACAGUGUGGAAGAUCCAGAUACUAGCCAGAAUUCAUCUCUAUCAAUCUCAGAUUCCGAUCAAACUGCUGUAGAAUGUGGCCUGGAUUUGACUACUGAGACUGAUGACACCAUUGAAGGUAACGUAAAAUGUAUAAAAGAGUUUUUAGCGGAAACAAAAGAUUUACGGCGCAGGAGGGGAAAGUACCAGAAAUACUCAGCUGAAUUACAGAACACAAUUGCAAAUUACUCCCUGAAGCACGGAAGCCAAAAUGCAGCAAUUUAUUUUACUAGGCUGCUCAAAGCACCAAUUAGCGAGAGUACGAUAAGGAGCAUCGUCAAAUCCUAUGGCGAAUUUAUGCCGGCUUUGAAAGAGGAAAUAGCAAAUUAUGCUGUUAUCCAUGGGGUGGAGAAGACGGCAAAGCACUAUUCUGAAAAGCUGAAGAAACGUGUGACAGAAUGUUUGGUUAGAAGAUUUAAAACACUUUACAUAAAGAAACCUGAGUGUAAGACAACAACAACCGAACUGAAUUCAAAAACUGAGCCGAAUGCUUCUGAAUUCGCCAAAGAAUACCCUCAGGAUAAUUUAGAUUUAACUGAUUGCUUUGAACCAAUCGUUAGCAUAGAUCCUAAACUUGAUACAGAAAAUUUGAACAAAACUUAUUCAAUCGAUUCUUCUACAAAUCAAUUCUUAAAGACAGUCGAGUACCAAAAUUCCUCUUCUUCAUCAUUACCUUUAUUUUCACAGCUGGAUAACUUGAACUUGAACACCAGUCUACCUAUUUAUCAAACUCCUUUUACACAAACGCCAGUAGGCUUGAGCCACCCCGGGAACAUGGAUAUAGGGCAGGCUCUCCAGUCACCAAUUGUUCUAGUCACAAAUGAGAAUUAUGAUAGUACUGUUUUACCUGACAAGCCUGAACAGAUUGAAUGGCCUCCUGAUUUACAGCCAAUUAACAAUUCGAUUCAGGAGACCGUGUUUAUUGACCCAAUGGGGGAGGCGAGCCAAGAAGAAGAAGAAGAAGAAGAUAUAGUUUACUUUCCAAUAGAUUCCCCACCGAUAGUCAAAAGAAAAAAAAGACCAAAAAACUCAAAGGAACCACGUGGAAAAAAAAGAGGUAGAUAUACAUUUUAUAGCCCAGAAUUGAGGGCAGAAAUAGGAAAAUACGCUGCUGAACAUGGUAGUUUAAAAGCUAGCAAUCACUUCAGCAAAAUUUUAGGCCAUGAUUUACCUGAGAGUACUGCAAGAGGUUAUAAAGAGAAGUAUUUGAAAAAAUUAAAACAUUGUGAUGUAACGACUUUAGGCUAUUCUCAGAGGGGAAGACCAGUCAGAUUAGGAAAGUAUGAUGAAGUUGUUCAGGAGUGUUUAAAAGAGUUAAUAAAAUCUGGUGAGAAAGUGACCUCGUUCUUGGCGAUCACUACUGCCAAACAGAUUUUGAACAAGUACGAGCCUGGCCUUUUGCAAGAAAACGGCGGAAAUGUCGUAUUAAACACAACAUGGGCUAAAUCAGUCCUUAGAAGAAUAGGUGUACAUAAUAGCUCUUAAUGCAGAACUAAAAUUAUUUUUACGGAUUUUUAUUUAAAUUGUGAAUUCUAAGGAAAUUAUGUGCACUGAAGCAAGCUGAGUAAAAAAAGAACCUAAACUACCUCUCUUUGUGCAAAAAGACAUACUUUUAACCGUGGUAAAAAAGCUUCUCAUAAUGAAAGAAUCCACAAACAUAUACAAAGACAAUAUUAUGUAUAAACUCAUUGGCAGUCAGUUCAUAUUCAUUGGUACUCUGCUCGAACAAACCUUUUGAUUAUUCAGUGAAUAUUCUACACUUGUUUUUCAGUAUUUAGUAAUGUUAUAUUACUUGCUACUGAAAACCAAAGACAUAAGGGAUCAAAAUUAAACAAUUAUUUAAUUACCCUGACAUAUGGGGUUUUUGCAAUCUGUUAUUUGGUCAUUAUUGAUCACUUUGGCCUGCCUUUGCUCACUGGGUUCGUGUUUUGGUAUUUUGCAUACAAGGGAAAAACAUACUAAUUGUGCUGGAUCAGGACUGAAGAUAGAGAAAUUUUGCAACCAUGGGGAGGGCAUUCGGUUCUGCAGGGUUAUAGUUAUAGGAAAACAAAAUAGUGCUGUUUUAUGUUGUGAAAAAUAAAGUAAAACUCUUAACAGCUAUAUAUUGUAAGCCGUUCCAUAUUUUUUAAUCUUGCAUUAACACUCUGCCUUGUUGAUAGCGGCAAUGGUCCCAUCAAGUCGGUUGUAACGAUCUGCCAUGGUCUUUCGGCGACUCUUCUUUUCCCCAUUAGGCCAGCCAGCGCUUUCUGAAGAGGUUUCAUGGAAAGACAUAUCUCGCAUCUUGCGACAUACCUGGAAACAUCAGAAGCCAUACCAGGCCAAUAAUAGGCUUCUUUGAUCCUUUGUAAGGUUUUGUAUGCCCCCAGAUGUCCUGAGAUAGAACUGUCAUGAUAGUCCGUAAUCAACGGCGACCGACGGGAUUUUGGAACCACUAACUUCCAUGGACGGUCUUCUCCUAGUAUUUUCCUCUUAUCUACUAUGCGUUUAUACAAUUUUGUAUUCUCCACUCUCCAACUUGGGUAUUUUUCUGCGUGACCAGCCACCUCUGUCAUCAUCUUGGAAUACCACUUAUCUCCAGCGGCCACUGUACAAUCCACCACACAAACAUCCUCCUCACCUUCGUUCCGGCGAGAUAAAGCAUCUGCCGCCUGGUGGCUCUUCCCCGGACGAUGUUGUAUGUUGAAGUCGUACUGUUGCAGCUUGAUGGCCCAACGCGCCAAUCUACCUUGAGGAUCUUUCAGAUUGUGUAGCCAUUUUAAUGCCAUAUGAUCAGUUAUCACCGUAAACUGCAUCCCUUCUAUGUAUGGACGAAACUUUUCAAUUGCCCGAGAGAACCGCGAGGCAUAUGUGUUCGUAUAUCUUGACGAUAUUAUAAUGGUGAUGCCUACCUUCGAAAAGCAUCUGCACGUCCUGGAUGAGGUUUUACAGAGGUUGGUGGACGCAAAACUUUCUGUAAACUGGGAAAAAUGUUGUUUCUGCCGUCCGGAGCUCAAAUAUCUGGGAUAUGUGGUAAACGGCGAUGGGCUACAGGUGGAUCCCGAAAAAGCAUCGGUUUUCACCUACCCAACACUAUAGACGGUGAGACAGGUCAGCCAUUUCCUCGGAUUAGCGAGCUGGUACCGCAGAUUUGUUCCAGACUUUUCAACGGUCAUUUCUCUACUGACUGAACUACUUAAGAAGGGGAAGAAAUGGCAGUGGGGAUCUGCUCAAGACAAGCAUUCGCACAGAUCCUUCACAUCUCCCACAUCACUCAUCUUCCCUCAACGGGUGCUACCUUACCGUAUACAACACUCUCAAGAUGCUUUAACGUUUAUGCAUCUUUGUACUUCGAAUCCUAUUGAUUUCGCAGGUGCUUGAUUAAGGUUCUCCCAGAGCAUGUAGUCAUCUGACCUUCGAAUCUCAGGUUGUCCUCCGUUUGCUUCAAUAGUCUGGGUUGUGUUGGUGUAGAUUGUUUGGCAGGUAUAUCGUUUUGUGCUGGAUGAUCAGGAUCGGGUGCAGGUGGGCUGUUUUCAGUCGAUGGUUCCGGAAUAGAUGAUUUAGCUUUAGCUCCAUGUUGUUGAUUUACCUCAGGCAGUGUAAGUCGUUCUUGGGUUUGGUUGAGAUAUGGCGCAGGAAUUAAAUUGAAGCGAUUCCUUCUUACUGUGCUCGUUGAUGUCUGCACUAGAUAAGAUCGUUGAUUCAUCACUUUGAUGAUCUUCCCAUGGCAUUACAGAUCUGUGAUCCAAACAAACUCGUCACACUGUAGCUGGCUCAGGUUCUUUGCUGUAGUCUAUUUUAUAUUGCUUUCUAUAUCUUUCUUCAGCUUUGGCUAACUUUUCUGGAGAUUUAACUCCCAUAUGCUGAAUGGAUGGGUGGUUGUCCCUCAGUUUUCUGCUGUAUAGCAUUUCUGCUGGGCUAAACCCAUUCCCUAAUGGGGUAUGGCGGGUAGAAUUUUUUUUUUUAAAUAGUGUUUUUACAACCUUAACAGCGGUAUCCAUGGCACCAUUCACUUGAUGGAAUUGCAGACUGCUUAAGGCUGUGGAAAAUCCCCAGUCCUUGGCAAAGAUCCAAAAUUCGGAUGUCUGUAUACCGUGGAAUUGUGUCCUGCUGUCUGAGCAGAAAGUUGCGGGAUUCCAUAUCUUGCAAUGUAGUUUUGCAGAUUUUGAUUAUGUCUGACGCUCUCAUUUUUCCAACUUGGUGGACUUCAAAGAGUUGUGUAAUGGCCAGUAAUUACAAGCACCAUUUGUUGUCAAGUUUAAAGAGAUCCAAUGAAGCAACUUGCCAAGGGUAGUCGGGAAACUUUGAAGGCAGCGAAGAUUCAUUGUGGUUUGAUGAAUUUUGUAUGCAGACAGAACAGGAUUUUAUUUUUGCAUCAAUGCCUGAGGCGAUUUCUGGCAACCGCAUACUACUUUGCAUUCAUCGCCGUGUUUUGGUGAAGCCUUGAUGGCUUCUCCAACAUGAUGUGACGGAGCUCGUUUGGAAUUAUCAUGCGGUUCCUCUGAGUAAAAUUCCAUCUAUUACUGAUAGUUAAUUGUGUACUGUGAAAAAGUUUUAUUUCUGGGGCUAGUUCGGAGAUAUGGGGCCAUCCCCCUUUAAUAUAUUGGAUAAGUAGCUUGCAUGUUGGAUCUGAAUUUGAGAGUUGGCAACUCUUGUGAUAUCCUCACCCGUAGUGGGGAUGCCUGUAAACACAGGUUUCUUGACUCUGGCUUCUUCUUGGAGUAAUACGGUGCCAAGGCCUUGUCGGUUGAUCAGUCACAAGACACAUGUGUUGUUAGACAAGGUGAAGAUGUGAGUAAAUUCUUGAUUCUCUCAAAAUCAAUUUGUUGAGAUGGCCCCCAUACAAACGCAUUGUGUGAGCUUACCAAACUCGGGAAAUUUAAAUUUCGGAAACUCCCAUUUGGAAUUACAUCAGCUCCAGAGGAAUAACGAAAGAAGGCAUAGCACCUGAUCCGUACAAAGUGAAAGGAAUUACAGACAUGGAACCGCUCAAGUAUGCAAAGGAAGUCCAACACUUCGAGGGGAUGGUAACCUUUUUUGCGACGUUCAUCCCUAAAUGAAGCGACAUCGUGGCACCAGUCCUUCAGGAGCGUGGGUUCGUAUCCCACCACUGCCACCUUGUUUUAUGGUGUGAAAAAUAAAGAUCAUAACAGAACGUAUAAAUUUUUUAAAUCUUACAUUAACACAAGUUCCCUUUACAUCUCCCACAUCACUCUUCUCCCCCCUCCUCCAAUAGGUGCCACUUUACCAUAUACAACAAGUGCAUUAUGCUGUACAUGACCUUUCUAAUAGGUUGUCAUAAAAAAUGACCGUUUUUCUUGCUAAUUUAAAAAUAAUUUUUUUUAAAAUAUUCAAUGCAUGUGUGUGUCCUAUGGUUUGUUGCCAUGUCGAGGCCAAGUGUUGUUCACAAUACAUUCUUUGGGUUUUGAACGGAAGAAUUCGUCAACUCCAUUUUGAACUUCAUCCAGAGAAUUAAAAGUUGGCACAUUUAGCCAUUGAGCCAUGGACUGUAAGCAGGGUGAGGGAGAAACUCAAUUCUGUAAUUUUUAGUUUCGUGUAACGAGAAGUAUGUAGUUGAAUGUGACCUUGUUGAAACAAAAUCCAAUUUCCAUUUAUUGAUCCGAUUCCACCUACUAAUAUAUUGUUUAUAACUGCUUACAAUAAAGUUUUGAAUCAAUGGUUCAACCUUUUAGAAUUAACUCAUAAUGAAGUAUGCCUUCGUAAUUCCAAAAUACAAAGAGUAUUGGCUUUUUGUUGUAUUGCCUUUGUUUAGUGACUGGUAGUGCAGGCUGAUUGCAGCCUAGCCAUUGUCUUUUGGUCUUUGGGUUUCUCCAAUAUGUCCACUUUUCAUCGUAGGAAAUCAUUUUUUAUGACUCACCCUACUACUUUCUCAUUCCUUAAAUAAUGUUACUUUCCAUUGGAUACAUAUUUUUUGUAGACAAGCUGAUGAUAUUUUAAGCAUCUCUCAGAACAGAAUUUACUGUUGAAAUUAAGAGUAUAACAGUAAAAUUUUCUAUAAUAGUAGUAGUUUGUAUAAUUUAUGGGCUGACAGACAUCAAGUGGUCAUCGACGGCCUUAUGCAGUUUAAACUUUUGAAAGUAUGUUUUCACCCUUUUUUUGUCACUGAUUCCCUUAUAUUACAAUUAAAUUACUAUUAAAAGAACAAGGCAACACAAACACAUCCAAAUUUUCUUGCUUCCCCCGAAAACACCACUUCGCAAUAGGGAAGGGAGCCUGCUCUGAAGGCUGAAACACCCGGACAGUGCGUAGACAAAUAACUCCCACAAUGCCCCGGUGAAGCUGCCAAGCUCCAAAAAUUCAUAAUAAUCUCAGUUAUUUAAUUAACAAUAAAUUUAGGGUUUCUUCCAAUACAACCAGAUUUAAUUAUGUGAAAUGACAAUACAUGGGUUCAAUACUUGCACUUGGAAAAUUAAUAAACUGAGAAAUAAUAAUAGGUGUAUAUGAAAUAAGAUUUAAAAUGAUAAAAAAUAUUAUUUUUUGUCAAUGAGUUUGUACAAAGGUUCAUCAUGUGAAAUUAUAAGGAAUGUAUACUGUUUAUUAUGCAAUUACAUAUAAGUUAUAAAAUAUAAUAAAUUUUAAUUACUGAUGAUAAAUGUAUGUCAGAUGCUUUUGUCUUGAUGCCUUUUGUAAUUGAACAAAUGCCAAAUUGUCAAAAACUAUUCGUAGUACAAAAAUGGAUUUAAUUGUAAAUCCUUCCAAAUUGCUUGUGAUAGUGACAAUUAGAAAUGCAUAUAUGUGUGUGUGUGUAUUUAUGUUUAGCUACAGUAUCUGCUGUGUAAAAGAAAACGUCACACUAUUGCACUAAUAAAUUUUUUAACAUUA